AGCCUAACACCGUCACCGUCGGGAGCCAAACAGGGAGGGAUCACUGGAAUCGGGAACGGAGCACUGUAACACGGAUUGUGUUGUCGACAAUAAACCCGCUGCUGAAAAACCGAUUUUAUAAAAGCAUCAAACGCAAACAUAACGGGGCUGCUGGGUUCUGGGAGGACAGUAUGGGGGAGCACACGGCGUUUCUGCUGUUACUGGUGGCGACCUUGACGCUUUCAUCCGAGGUGAGUACAGCAAGAGAAAUCUGUUGGAGACUGUCGCUGAGCUGUUCCCUGGCUCCGCUUUCCUGCGGGCCUUUAGCUCAUGGUCUGGCGGUAGGAGCGUCCCACAGCGCCGGCCGUUGUGUGGGUUUUUAUCGGUGACGCAUUUAGAUACCAGUUUGACUGUUCACACCUCAGUUAGGAUGACUCUAACAUAAACUCUGAAUGUUACACAGAUGAUAUGAAGACUAUGUAACGGGUCCAACCUCACUGCUAUUUGUGGGCUCUGGAGAGACCAGGUCUUCGUUAAAACAGUGUACAUUCUUAUUUUUAAGAGGUCUUUAAAGCCACGGCUUCGUUACAGUUGAUAAAUUUGCCAUAUAUUUAGAAUAACGGAGACUGGAAACGUAAAUUUACGGACUAAAUGAUGUCAAUCUUGCAACCAAGGCCUACCGUUAGAUGCCAGUGAUUGACAGCUUUGGCCUGUCAUGUUGGACUUGUUUUGAUUUGUUCUGGGGGAUUGUUAACGCGGUUUGAUGUGAAUAUACCGUAUAUAAAGUUAAAUUGUCGUUUUAUGUAUUGCUUGUAAGCUAAGCCAGGCCUUCUAUUUCCUGUCGUGUAGAGGGCUCAAGAGUUAACGUUAGCCAGCAUUUAGUAGAACAUUACACGGGCUGGCAUGGCAACCGCUGUGGGCUAACCCACGACAGUUUGGUUCUUUUAAAUUACAUUAAGUAUACCACCAGGUACAAAUUAAAGCGACGGUGUCCAUUAUAUGGCCUUUGACGCUCAUGUAUUUUAUUUGUGCUGAUGUAUUUAGCUCCACUAGUGUAUUAAGUGGAGCUACUUCAUCGCCAUGGAACACGUAGUCCAGGAGUGUUGCAGUUUCUGUGCAUAUUGCUGAGGAGAAAAGAAAAAAGGAUGCAGCUUUAUGAGUUUGACACAACCAAGAUGGCGCCUGCAGCUUCCACUGCUGCUGCUGCUGUUGUGGUGGAUCAGAGAGACGCUCACAGCUUAGGAACAAGUGGAAACAGCCUCAGUAUGGCUCAUAUUGAAAUAUACUGGGCAACCAAUGGAGGCAUACUGUCACGGUGCUGUAUUAAAUGUUGUAGAUAGCUAAACAGUGUGUCUGUAUUGGUCAGGCCCAAUGUAAUAAUACUGAAGCCACCCAACAAAACCCUGGUGUACUGCAGUGAAAAUGCCCCCACAGAGGAAUUAUGCAGCAGCACUUUUUAAUGUAUCAUUCAUUCUUUUAGAUCAACUUCUCAUACCUAUGAUUGUCCUACAAAUGUCAAAACUAUUUAGAUAUCUAUAGACAUUGCUGAAAUAUGAACUCCUAUUUGCAGGAUUUUUUUUUUAUUUAAAUCAUAAAUUGAGUCUGGUGAGACUUGGCUGCCAGCCAUCCCAUUUAAUCCUGAAAAAUCCAGUCAUUGUGUUGCAGUCGAUGCUGUUUGCAUGGUGUUAAAAGUCUCUCAGGCCCUGCAGCACCAGCCUCCUACCAGAGUACCUUACAGCCACUCAUGAGUGUUUUGGUGUUUAUGUCUUUGAUGCAGGGCCAGGGCAAACUGGUUGGCUCAGUGUAAUCCUCGGCUAAUGAGCUCAGGAGCCAUUUACUGGUAGAACUUGGCUUCAUAUGUCUUGUGACUUCAAUGUUUUGAAAAGAACCCUAAUUUGAAGGACAUUAGGGAUUAUUGAUGUGGGUUUAAUAACUGUCUUUAGACUGAUGCCGAGACUUAUUUGAAUCACAAAUUAUAUGUUUUAGGAGUAACAUUGCAAGGAAAUAUUUGAUUCCAAAUAUCAAGUCUGGCAUAUUUUAACAUUAUAGUGUUUAUACUGAUGUCUUCAUUUGUCACACAUACUCCCAUUGCAUUCUCUCCUGGUUUAUGUAUCAGUGGCUUUGUGUUGCAGUUUUUAUUUUGCUGGUGUGUUUGUACAUGAUAAAGCAGAUAGAGAUGCAGUAUUUUGCAAGGCACUCACAAAAAAAAAGGAAUUUUACAUUAAAAUACUGCACAUGAUGUUAAACAUAAUGCAAUUUGCAGAUGAGACAAAAGAAGAGUACUUUAUGCAAUAAGGAGAAAUGGACUUUUCUGUCCUGAUUCGCAGUAGGCGAACAUCAUGCAAAUUUAAAAAGGCAAACAUAGCGGAUUUUGUCUGUCAAACGUUGUAAGCAGAUGGUGUAGGGGGAAGCUUACAGCUUCAGUCUUUACUGAUGUCUGCCAGAAAAACAGAGGCUCUUGAAGGGAACAUACCAAGACUUCCAACUAUGGUUUUCCAAAGGCAUGAAGAGAAAAACAGUAAGUGCAGAAAGCUAUGGUGAUAUUAUACAGUACAUUGCCAAGGCCUGCUCAUUUGAAAAAAACAAAACAAAAGCGAUUGUUUCCAGGCUGUAUUCUCACACUGUUGGGUUUGAGCAGCCUUUGGUUCAAUAGUUUUUUUUUUCUCUUUGCUUAUACAGGCUACAUUUCUGCCCAGAAUUCUCACUGCACUUUCUCUAAUAAAGGAAUUGAAUAAAACCUUUUAAGCCACGGUUGCAGAAGGCACAUGUUCAGCCCUGUGGCUGAAAUGCUUAGCGCUGUGGCUUAAGGGCUCAGGGGAUGAAACCUAGUACCUUGCCUUGCUAUAGCUAAAAUAGGAAUAUUGUUUUUUUAUUUUUUUUUUAUAGUGUAAAUUGUUGAUCUGAUAUUCCAGUAUUUACAAAGAAUGAAGAAACCUUUAUUCUUGAGUACUAAAAAGAGAAACAUGUUUUGGCUACUAAUAGGAUAAAUUAAGAGGACCAUACACAAGCACCAGAUGAAAGCUACAUCCUGAUAUGUUUAGGAUUUAACAAUGCUAAGGUCAGGAAGGUCCUCAUUGUCCUCCUCUCCUUUCCCUUUUCCUGCCUAGGUUCCCGCUGAUGACUCUGUGGGUUUACUUACUGAGCCCCAGGUGGCCAUGUUCUGUGGGAAGCUCAAUAUGCACAUCAAUGUCCAGAGUGGCAAAUGGGAGUCUGACCCCUCUGGAACUAAGAGUUGCAUCGGCACCAAAGAGGGCAUCCUGCACUACUGCCAAGAGGUAAGAGAGUGAAACAGCAAUGCAAAGACUGAGAUUCAGAGUGGGAACGGGGGUAAUGAGGUGAGAAAGGACACACAAUUCUCUCUUUUUUUUCCCCAGGUGUAUCCUGAGUUGCAAAUCACAAACGUCGUAGAGGCCAAUCAGCCUGUCAGCAUCCAGAACUGGUGCAAGAAAGGCCGCAAGCAAUGCCACAGUCACACACACAUUGUCGUGCCAUAUCGUUGUCUGGGUGAGCACUUGUAUUAACGCACUUGUCUGUCACUGAGCUUGUUUGUUUAUAUGGCUGAAUAAGUUUUUUAAUUGAGCGAACUUGUUUUUUUAUCCUUGAAGUUGGGGAGUUUGUAAGCGAUGCCCUGCUCGUCCCUGACAAGUGUAAGUUCCUGCACCAGGAGCGUAUGGACCAAUGUGAGAGCCAUUUGCACUGGCACACCGUAGCCAAAGAGGUAAGGACAGAUAGUAAGAUAAAAUUCAGUGCUUCUUUCUACUUCACCUCCCUGUUUGGUCUCUGCUAUCUGACUGACUUAGCACUUUUACUUUAUUGUUCUGCCCACUCUGUCCUUAAACCACUCCGCAACUUUUGAUCUUAUUGGUCUUCCUUUUGCUCCCCUCUCUGUUUUUAAAGAAAGUCCUGUCACCAACACAAAGUAUUGAAUUUCAUUUGACCUCUGUUAGUAUCAAUAAUCAGUGCACCUGAGCAGAACUAGGAGUUUAAAGCCACAAUCCUUAUUUUCGAUCACCAAGGUCGGCUAAAUAUCCGUAUAAGCAUCAGCUCAGAAAAUAACUGUUGCGUGGUUGCAUUGUGGUUGUCUUUCAUCAUCUGAAGCCACUCACACGCUGCAUGAAACUGUGAUUUAUGUCUGUUGUUAAAUUUAGUCCUGCGGAGACCGUUCCAUGAAUCUCCAUGACUACGGGAUGCUGUUGCCAUGUGGCAUUGACCGCUUCCGAGGAGUCGAGUUUGUCUGCUGUCCUGUUGAGGCGCAGCAAGAGGCGGACAGCGUUGAGCUUGAAGGGGAGGAGUCAGACGUCUGGUGGGGCGGGGCUGACACAGAAUAUUCCGAUAACAGGUUUGAUCACUCACAUGCUUCCAUGGCCUUCAUCCAGUGUGACACAAACUCGCACGUGUGUUGAUACAUGGACAACUGCUCUCCCUGCAGCAUGACACGUCCUGCAGACGCUGAGCCUGCCACAGCGGAGGAUGAUGAGGAUGAAGAUGAGGAGGCUUUUGAAAGGGAUGAGAAUGGAGAUGGUGAUGAUGACGAUGAUGAGGAGGAAGAUGAUGACGAUGUGAUCGACGAGCGCGACAGUGACGAGCGAAGUGCUAACAUUGCAAUGACAACCACCACCACUACUACCACUGAGUCAGUGGAGGAAGUCGUCAGAGGUAAGGGAUAGAGUGGAUUGAUGGGCCUGUUUGAUUGUAUGAAUUUGUUGGUUGUAUUCAUGUUGUGUUGUUUUGUUGAGUUAUAUUUUUAUAUGGUUUCCACAGAAUUUGAAAGCUCAUAUUUCACAUUUUACGUUCAUUUAUGUUUGAUUUUUCACAUGCCUGUGUGUGUAUAUCUCAGCCGUUUGUUGGGCUCGUGCUGAGUCUGGCCCAUGUCACGACAUGCUGGAGCGUUGGUACUUCAUGCCUAAGAAGGGCCGCUGUGCUCCCUUCUUGUUUGGGGGCUGUGGGGGCAACAGGAAUAACUUUGAUUCGGAGGAGUACUGCAUGGCCGUGUGCAGCAGCUCGUGUAAGUCCCAGGACCGGAGCUGUCUUAUUCCUGAAUUGCCCAUAACAUCAGCCUGAUUCCUGUCAUCAGGCGGCUACAGAUGUCUCUCUGUGUUUUUACUUUGUCUGUGUCUGUCUGUCCUGAGUGUCUGAUGGCUCUUUACUACCACCCGUACUGACAAGCUGCUUCUCUCCCAGUCUUGUGUUGGGAAUGAAAGGACUAUUUUCACAGCUACAUAAAGUUAUAAUAUCGAAAAAAGUAAAAAGAGAAAAAAGGAGGGCUUUCAAAUCAACCAUUACCCUGAAAGGUAUUUUUGUUCAUGUCACAUUCACAAAGAAUUGUCUUUGUUCUUGUCUUUGACUAUUAGAGUUCAGUUGUUUUUAAAGUGUUUAUCUUGCUUUCAGUGACUUCAAUGUAAAGAGUAAAAUCUAUGGUGCUUUGGUUUGUCUAUCAAUAUUUCAAAUCCUGCUGUCAAUGACCCUCAACCCAAGACAGUUCCUUCUUCUUGAAGAGGGAAAAUAAAAGCUUUAGGAGCAGUUUCACAAAAAAAACACCCUGAAAAGACACAGUAAUUUUACUCAACAGUUAGGCCAUGCAGUUUUUAUCUAAUGUAACUCAAAUGAGACUUGAUACCGCAACUUUUUCUGAUCAGGUUUUCAUACAGUGCACAUUUGGCUCUCCAGUUAAACUUUGCAUUGACCACUAAUGACUCAGUCAUGAAUAACUUACUAAAGCAAAGUAGUGAUCUUAAUCCAACAGGUGUGUCAUGUAAAUUAGCGAAACAAUGUGUUUUCAGACUGAAAAAAAUAACUCUGUGGCACAGAGUGAUUAUCUACAAAAACUGAAGAAGCAGAUCAAAUGCAACCGUUUCUAUAACGUAAACAUUUUGUCUGAAAUAACAGUCACAACCCUCAUGAAAACCUAAUGUAACUGAUGUUGUUGUACCCUUAAGUUAACAUCACACUUGGUUUUAAGAAUACAACUUCUUCUUCUUCUUCUGAUCCUCCGUCUCUAUCAUUGUUAUGAUGAGGAUGAUUUAAAAAGUACAAAAACAAUCAGAUCAAGAGGAUGUUGUUGUUGGAAAGCAGUCGUAGUGAUCUGACUCUCAUUCGCUUCAUGUCAUUUCAUGACUCAUUUCAUCAUGUUCUAACCCAAGUGAUCCUCUUUACAGCAUGUGGACAAGUCAACGAAAAUACUGACCUUUGAAUGUCAGUGUGCAUCUGCAUGCUUUUCUGUUCAUAUGUAUGUUUGCACGCUUUGCAGUCGCAAUGGUUUGUAUCCUCAGUAGUUUUCUGUCCUGCUCAUUUUUGGUCUUUAACAAUGUCAACAUCAACAUUUCAACCAGUUAAGUGCUGCUGUGUGUCCAAGGCCACAGCGUGUAUGUGUUUACAUGUGUAUCAGGGAGUGUUGUUGAAGGUUAGUGGGUUGAUUUGCUGUCUCCACCAAGUGAAGCCACGCAUUCCCGGUCUUGCAGCAACAGCCCUUAUCCUGACUCAGCACCUCUGAUCUUAUCUUCAGGCUCCCACAUGAAAUUAAAUCAUACACACAGCACUUAUACUGAAAACCGAUCACCCUUUGUCCCCUGAUAACCUUUGUCUUUACACUGUUUUGUGUUUGUAUCGAGACAUUUUCUGUAUGUAUCUAACAUAUUGUUGAGUCUUGAGCACACUUCUUUGCCUACAUAUGCUAAAACACUGAAAUCUGCCUUAGUUAGAAUGCACUGUUUAAGAUACCCGUGGAGACAUGUUUGUUUCCUUCAGUUCUAUAUGCAUACUUUUGAUUUACAUUUUUUAAUAUCUCUCUCAUCAAAUCUACCGGCUGUUUAUUUAAUACCCCCUUCUUCUUUUCCUGCAGUGCCCACCAUGGCCCCCAGUCCUCCUGACGCUGUGGAUCGGUAUCUUGAAGCUCCAGGCGAUGACAACGAGCAUGCUGACUUCCAAAAGGCCAAAGAAAGCCUGGAGGCCAAACACCGUGAUAGGAUGUCACAGGUACAUUUGUGAGCCACGGUUUACAUUUACUAAUAAACGUUCAUCUCCAACAAUAACACAUUUUGAAAUGGUUUCAAUGUUUGUGGUUAUUAAUUUAUUUUUCUUGGUAAUGUUCAGGUAAUGAGAGAGUGGGAAGAGGCAGAGAGACAGGCUAAGAGCCUUUCUCGUGCUGACAAGAAAGCUGUUAUUCAGGUGAGACGUCUAAUACAACUCGCUUUCUUUUUCUGAUGUUUCUACUAUAUUUCAAACAAUCCUUUGUUAACUCAAAAUUACCCAACUUUGUCUGCAUCCACAUCUCCUUUGGCAAUGUUAGAUUGAGGGAUGGUGCUUGGAUCAUUAGAAUGUGGAAUAUUUUUGUCAUUCACGGUUUUAGGAAAAGUUGUGGCAUGUGUGACUUCGGAAAGGGUAGAUUAUUAAAAAGAAAAAUAUUUUCCUUUCAAACUCUCAAAGUCAUUUUAGACACAGUCUCUGAGCACCAUCAUAAAAAUGAUAUCCAUUGUGCUCUUAGUUGGAUCAGUAGUUACAGUGGGUUAUUGUCCGGUCUGUGUUGCACCUGAAAUUAUAAAGAAAAUGCGCCCUAUGUUCAGCACUUCCAGGAGAAGGUGGAGGCUCUGGAGAGGGAGGCAGCAGGAGAGAGGCAGCAGUUGGUGGAGACCCACAUGGCUCGGGUGGAGGCUCUGCUUAACAGCCGUCGACGUCUAGCAAUGGAAAACUACCUCAGUGCCCUACAGGCCAACCCUCCACGGGUAUACACACAAAAACACACAAGAGCGUGCACACUUACACACACACUUACAGAAAGUCAAGGUGUGUUCAUGAUCCACCUCAAAUAACAAAAGCCCUCUUAGUACAUUUCCACCAUGUGUCAAAUUAUUGCAGAAAAACAGGGACCUAGCAUCACAGGUGUUUUCAUAUGCAAGUAAAGCCACUAACACUCUUUAACUCUGGAACCAUCAGGCUCGUCAGGUGCUGAGCCUGCUGAAGAAGUAUGUCCGUGCAGAGCAGAAGGACAGGCAGCACACACUGAAACACUACGAGCAUGUCCGCACUGUGGAUCCCAAGAAGGCCGCACAGAUCCGACCUCAGGUACUACAGCUCAAACACGUGUCAAAACACUCAAAGGGAGGCACACCUUUGAUUUAAUGGAAUACUUGUAUUGUUGAAUCACUAGUGUUGCUUUAACUUGAAGGUCUGAGUUCUUUAUCUAUGAAACGGAUAAUUUCAGAAUUGAACAGGAGCUCUAACCCUUCUUCCAACUUUUAGGUUUUGACCCACCUCCAUGUGAUUGAGGAGAGGAUGAAUCAGUCUUUGGGUCUGCUCUACAAAGUACCAAGUGUGGCAAAUGAGAUCCAAAACCAAGUCUGUAAGUGUUUACUUCCUGCUUGGACUAACUUUUAACAGCAGCAAAGUAAAUCAAGUACAAAGUUCACUUUUUAGAUGUCCACAAACAUUGAAGUUCCAUCGAAUUUGAGUUUUUCUUUCAACCACAUUUACUCCCUGUUUUUUUACGUUGUUAAGAAGCUCGGCUCCCAACGACAGGUGUAGCAACUUGCAAAAUGACAAAAUUAGCCGCUUCUUUCACUGUUGCCUUAUUUCCUGUGGGUCAAUGAUGAGCAGUUAUUUUUUGAGAUUUUAACAUGUUUUUUUUUUACAAAUGAAUUAAGAAAUAAAGCCAUCUUAGUUACAGUACAUAAAAAUACACAGAACAAAACUCCAAGGUUUCCAGAACCCAGAUACAUAUCCUGAAUUGUCAGUGUGCCAAACAGCCUGUUUUCAGUGUUUAAAAAAAAUACCUGCAAUAAAGUGAACCACUUUCUACAAGCAGCGGGACUAUCCAGACUUAAUUAAAUAACCUCACAACUUCUUGUGGAGCUGACUGAGGACAAAAACUGGUAUAUCAGCAUGUCUGGGGUCUGAUGCACAGCCUGCUGACAACACAGCUGCUCUUGAAUUAGUUUUUCUUAAGUAAUCAGGGCAGUGUAUAGAUCUCACGUGAGGGAUUUUUUAAAUCCAACCCACCUCCCUUGAUUUAUCAUCCUGCUGCCCCUCCUCUCUCUCUCAUUCUCUCUUUCUCCUUUCUCUUCAGCUGUUAUAGUGCAAAGAGUUCAGUCUGAGCUGUCUCAGCAAGUCUCUUCCCUGCAGAGUGAUGGGAGGGUGAGUCAAAUUGCACCCACUCACAUAUGCAUGGAGUCUGUCCUGCAUAAACUGCACACUCUGACAUGUAUAAAUAGAGCCGCCUCUGCUGCACAUUGAUUCAAGACAAAGUCACUCUUAACAUGGUCAUGCAUAGACAGGAACUUAGAAGCAGCAGUGGUAAAUGACUGAUAUAAGACAGAAAGUGCUGAGAGCAUAAUAAACCAUCUCUGUAGCUGUUGUUUAAAGGUAAUGGCAAAAACAGAGAGUUGUGUCAUCAGUUUAAGUGAAUCAAUACAGGCCAAGAAAUCACUCAUCUGAAAUAAAUCAGGAUCUCCCAGAGGACUGCUGUAUCUAAAGGACUGAGGGAUCACAUGUAUUAAGAUUGUGUUAUUUCAACUUUUGGACACAUAAUUACACCAGCACGAUGACACCCUAUUCAGAUUCCUGACAUGUUAAACAGACAAGACUGUAUUUCAGUCAAACUGACCGCUAGGAUUUAUGUUCCUUUGUUUGCAGGUGGACGGCAGGGUGAGUUAUGGUAACGACGCUCUGAUGCCUGAUCAGGCGUACAGCUCCGCUCCGAUGGACCCUGGUCUGAACGGACUGGGCUUUAUCCACCCUGAGAGCUUUAACCAGCCCAACACAGAGAACCACGGUAACAAAGACACACAUACAGAGGAGUUACUAAAGGCAAACAUAAAUGUUCUGGAAUCAUAAAGUUAGAUUCUGAUCAAUGAGAAACUAAAACUAUAAGAAAACGGCCUCUGUGUAGACAAGUGGGUCUGUAAAAAAUGUCAGACCACCCUUUUGUAAAUAGAGUCUUGCGUUAUUAUUCAAAACAUUUUUUCAUGGUUUUGCCACUAAAAACAUCCUGAUAAAGAUUUUAAAAAAAGCAUGAUUUUACAAUUUUGGCUGAAAACUUUUUAAAAAAAUGUACUUAUUGAUCUGCAGUGGAGCCUGUAGAUGCUCGUCCAGUUCCAGACAGAGGACUCCCAACACGACCCGGUGAGUUAGUUCAAGAGUACUUUACACCAGAUGCUUUAGAGAAGCAUCAAUUUUAGCUUUUAUGUACCAAGCAGCAUGUUAAAGGCCCACUCCGAUAGUUUUUCUUUUCACUUCUUAAAGUGUUCUUAGUGGUCUUUAAAUUGUGAUUAUGAAGUUUUUACCAAAAAUCAUGUUACCUGUGUCGUUUUCAAGGGCUUUUCCUCUGCAGAGAUUUACAGUGAUUUGAAUAAACAAAUACUCAGAAAAGCAAUGUCGCAUUUAGUUUUCUCAUGAUGUGUCCUGUAGCAUCAGAAAAAUGCCAUAUGCACAUGUAAAAAACAUGAUUUUAACGGAGUGGGUCUUUACCUAUUUCAUUUAGGACAAAUGGACAUAAAUCUAACCUGGAAUGAGAACUUAAAGUUGCUGAAAGGAUUUCUUGUGCAAACAGGGAGGAGGAGUAAUGUUUACAGAUGUUUCACUUAACACAUCCUGUGUGUCCUUGAGCUCUAGCUAAUGGGCUUACAGGCUUACUGUCCUCAAUGUAGUAAUGUAUGUGGUACAAACGUGUAAACAUAAACAUGUUUUCUUGCGAUGAGUUGGUGCGUGUGUUAGUCUUUCAUGUCUGUUUAUCCUACUGUCAUUUGAAGUGUCAGCCCUAAAGCCAGAGGAGAUGCCUGAGGUGCGGAUGGAGACUGAAGAGAGGCAAAGCACCGGAUAUGAAGUUUACCAUCAAAAACUGGUAUGAAAACGAAUGCCACAAACAACUUUCAGCACGUUGAAUUGGAGUCCCUCUUGUGCAAUAUUAUUGUGUCUGGAUUGCAGGUCUUCUUCGCAGAGGAUGUGGGGUCGAAUAAAGGUGCCAUUAUUGGACUUAUGGUCGGAGGUGUUGUCAUAGCAACUGUCAUUGUCAUUACCUUGGUGAUGCUGAGGAAGAAACAGUAUACUUCCAUUCAUCACGGUGUCAUUGAGGUGGGGAAUCAGUUUGAGUGUUUGAUCUUGAGUACGUUAAAGGAAAACUUCACUUUUACUAAUCCUCUUUAUCGGGUUGACAGGUGGAUGCAGCGGUGACACCAGAGGAGCGCCAUUUGGCCAAGAUGCAGCAGAAUGGCUAUGAGAAUCCCACCUACAAAUUCUUUGAGCAGAUGCAGAACUAAAGAACUGCUAUUCGAUAUUUUUUCAGGCGUAUCCUAUCCUCCCUCUCUCUCAUAGGGUCUGUUCCAUUUCGGUCCAUUGCCCUCACCCCCAACACCUUCACUCUGUCUCCUGAGUACUGCAAAGAGAGAUUUUUAUUGUAUUUUAAGAUAAGGUCAAGUAUGUCAAACCCCUCAGUGAGACAGGUGUUAUCUGUCUGGCUGAGGGGUUAGAGCCAAAGGAUGGAAAAUGACAUCGAACACAGCUUUCUUUCUCCCUGAGCCCUUACAUGUACAGAGCAUUUCUUCGAGCUUAGAUUUAUCUGCAUUUGGACAAGGGUGCCCUGUUACACCUGCACACCCUAGCAAAACACAGCAAAACAGCACAGUGUUUGUAGUGGACACCCUGUUCGCAAUUGAUAUGAAGUCACUGCAGUGUUGUGUUUGCAGUGAGACAAGAAACCCCUGCAGUUAAAGUCCUGGUCCCUCCCUCAUUACUCUCAAGUGUUUAUUCCAUUUUCCUAGAGCUGCCCCCAAUGUCCAUGUCGCUCUGCUCUCUGAUGACAGCUGUCCUGUGUUUGAUGACAUAACAGCUCUUAAAGCUGGCAGCGGCAGGAGGGGCUCUUUUAGAGCGCCUCUAUGCACGAUUAAAGCAGGUUUGUUUUUCAAAAAAGGAUGAAAAAAAAGCAGAAAAAUAACCAUAAUCAAAGUAUGUAAAGUUGAAAAAUAUUGAAUGUUUUGUUGUCUGAUUUUUUUAUGUGUAAUAUAUAAAGACAGAGAUUAGCUGUAAGUAUACGUAGUGCAUGGCAAUAUUGAUGACAGAUACAGUAUACUGUAUGUUGAGGUCCUCAGGAGCGGUCCUCCUACUGGUUCCUUUAGCAGGAUUGUACAUUUCUAUUGUCUUCUUUGUGAUCUUGUGAUAUGAAGAAGAAAAGAGUAUUCAGAAUCUGGUCUGCUUUGUUCACAGAUUGCUUUAACUUACCCUCGGCUUAUUAUGCUCAUCUUCAUGCUUCACUGUUGUGUUAGCUGCAUGGGCAAAAGGCUCUAUAUGUAAAAUGAAGUUAAACAGUAUAUGAAAGGAAGAAAAUUUUCUUACUGUUUGUAUUCGAUGCACUCUGUCAUUCUUGAAGUCAUCACUAUCACCAAAUAUUAUUGUCGUCAUGUAACUGAUGUUACACUUUCACUGCAUUUUGAGUUGGAUUGGACACGGGGCAAAUACGAAGUGAAACUAUGAAGGAGGGUUCUGAGAGUAUCAUUCCAGAUUUAUCGUUCCACGGUCUUGUUACAGUAAAUUUUUAGAAGAAGGAAAUCUGGCUCUCUAUGACCCGGUGUCGUUGUCAAGCUCCACCUCUCUGCUGUAUGUUUUGCAGUCUUUCUUCCGAACCCUCUUUUUGUGUUAUUUAUGUGCUCUUUCUGGCUGUGUCAGCAAUAUUGUACAAUGAAGAACUUAUCGGGCCAACAAAGAUGAGGACGAUUUUCUAGACGGCUACAUCUUCACUCACAUUCCUUCACCAAAUCUCACAUACACAUUCUAUUUUUCUACAUCUCCUGUGUAUACAUGUACAGUGUUCGUUUGUCAUGUAGUGGAUCGUUACUUUGCCUGCAUGUUUGUCUUCAAAACUCGCACUCAUCAUUAUGAAGACGUGAAGAACUGCAACCAUCAGUGAGAAAAUGACAAUUCACAUGAAUAGACACAUUCUCCUUCAAUUGAUUUAAAGCCACCUCCUGUAAACAUGAAUGUGACAUGCAAUGUUUUGCAUUUAUACCAUAGAGAUACAACACAUAUCACCUCUGCACAUUAUAUUUACACUUGUACAGACACGAUUGAAGCUCUUAAUCAGGUGAAUGUUUUAAACUUUGUUAUUAUGCUCAACCUGGGUGUCUUUUGAUGCUAGUGUUAAAAAUGAGCCUGUAUUUCUUUCAUGGAUCCAGUGACCUUCCUUUAUGUGUAGUUAAAUGAACCAUUUGCUUAGAGUAAGAAAAUGCUUUCUACACCCACUAUGACAUGAAUAAAAUUUUGAAUGUACCAA